UAAGACAGUCCGCGCUACUGUCGACAAAACAGUUCAGAGCAGCAGCUCGUCGUGUCAGUGAGUCGAGUGAUCAAACGCAGUUUGAAUUAGCACGAUAACCAGUUUGAUAAUUUUACAGUGUUUCUAAACAAUCUAAAGAACGUUGAAAAAACCAUACAAACCAGAAAAACCAUCCGCUAAAAGUGAAAGAAAUUUUUAUACUAAAUACUCAAAAUAAACUUUGACGCGGAACACUUUAAGGGAUAACGAAAAGUGCUCAUCCGCCCAUCGCCUGAAAGGUGUCCGGUGCAAUUUGGAAGCUUAUCAAAGAUUCAAUAAUGAAAACCGAUGAAAGGAACGGAAAUGUUUCCCGGGUUAGAAUCGCGGUUCUUGGUAGCAGCAACGUUGGUAAAUCCGCAUUGACUGUCCGCUAUCUUACCAGGCGUUUCAUCGGAGAAUACCGCUCGAAUACCGAUCUCCUCUACAGGCAGAUCAUCACGAUAAAUAAUAUCCCGCUAGAGGUGGAAAUAGUCGACGUUUCAGGCGAAGCUGAAACGAGUUUUCCUUCCGAUCAAGUUGCCUGGGCAGACGGUUGCCUAAUAGCUUACAGUGUAACGGAUCGUCAGAGUUUCUUGUACGCGGAGGAGUGCCUUCGACAUAUUCAAAACGGGGAUAGUCCAUCAGUGCAGACGGUAUUACUGGCGAAUAAAAUGGACUUAGAACACCUCAGAGAGGUGGAUGAAUUGGAAGGCUUGGAACUUUCGAAACAGUACAGAUGCCAAUUCCACGAGAUCUCAGUUGCCGAAGACUCGGCGUCGCUGUACAAGGCCUUCGAGCAUCUUAUGACGGAGUGCCGAGUUUUGCUGCAAAAUACAAAGACGCGAAAAUUCUCGGUCAGCAAAAUGAUCGGGACGUUGAUCGGCUCGCAGAAGAACAUCGCGCCCCAAGGCGGGACGGUCGUUGUCUGCAAUAAGAACGACCUGCACCGAUCGAGAGUGAUGAAAAGGCGGCAAAACCUGGUCGCGACCGCAAGCCUCUGAUGCAGCCCCGAAAUAGCCGGGAGCCAGUAAUCGGUUCAAGGCGGUGACAGGACUUCGAUUCUUCAUCUGAAUGAUGAGCCUUUUAGGCCAAGGAACUUCAGAACUUCAGUCAGACUGGCUGGCGGGUCGAGGAAAAAUCCUUUUGUUUACUUCGGUAUUUCCUUCCACGUGGCGGUAUCGACGCCGCGGUGUUAAAGCCAGCCGAUAUUAUACUUGGAGCUUGCGUUUGGUUGUACCGCUUGUCUACAAAAAUAACCGACGAGACCUGGUAUGUCGGCAGUGGCGCCGCCAUAGUGACUUCGUCGGCUUUUCAUUCAUGCCUGCAGGGACUCGAGAUGAUGACUAACGCACUGACGGAGACGCGAUCCGACGCCAAGCGUCGCGUCGUUUCGAAACAAGAAACCUCUUCUCAAAUAAUGAAAAUCACCUCGAGUCAGAUUACGACGAGGCAUUAUUUUCAUAAAAUUUUUCCAAGAAUAACAAUUUUCUGCUGCAGGAUAGAUGACUAUGGAUACGUCACUAAUAGUUUUAAAUAACUAAUCAGGGAUUUAUAUUUUGAGAUAAAAUUCUGUCGUCUAGGGUAUCUCAGGGAGGAAAUUGAUCAGGAAUCAUCCUAAGGUAUUCAAUCCAGGAAGGCUUUAAUAGAUCUUCUAAUUAAAAAUGUUUUAUAUGUUUCGUAAGCGCGAAAAAACGGCUAAAAUUCGAUCUUUAACGUAAGGUUUUAUUACAUAACUUGUUCCGAUAGACGUUAAUUGCAGAGUGAACAUAUUUUCAGGCGACAGAUUUUGUUGAAAAUCAAAAAUAUAUUAUACACUUUCUGAUGAUUCAAUACAAAUUACAGUAGAUCAUUUGAUCAUCGAAUUUAUACAAGUGACAUGCAAGAUCGUAAGCGAUUUUUCUAUUAUGAAAGAUUUACGGUGUGCCAGAUUGAAGAAAUAAACAAAGCCGUAACACUAGAUGAUUGGAAAACAAUUUCAUUUAAGGACUUCUUUUUGCGAAUAUGUACUUCAGUGCAGCAAUCUUAAUUUCACAAUUGGAUCAUUAUUGACGAACAAACAGGGACGUAUUUUAUAGGCACUUUCAAAGUACCCCAAAAAAAUAUGGUCUCACGCAACUGAGUUACCUUAAUACCCUUUUUUUUAUCUUUAAUGACUUAUAAUAUAUUGUAAUUUCAUUUUGAAAUUUCGUUUUCAAGACAUAUGAAUAGAUAUUGAAUACAUUCAGUUUGCAGAUAUUUGAUCUAGGUGAUAUUUAUGUGCUCAGAUUCUUUUGAUCUUUAAAGAAAACAUUGAGGACGAAACAGAAAGUUUUGUUGCAUGAACGCGAUGAGCAAAAGUUGAUUGAUCUAAAGCGAAAAGGAUAAGAAAAUGUAAUAACGUUUCGACGAAACAGAGAAUUACCAGUUCGAAGGUUUUGAAAGAAAAUAUAUAAAUUCAUGUAUUAUGAAUACAUAUAUUGCGAACAAAAAUUCUUGGUAGCUUUUGCAGAUCUUAGACUGUAAUAUUUUUAUUUAUUUAUUAUUUAUUCUCUUUUUACUUUCACCGAAAAUGUUUUACACACGACUCCGUCGUAGAUCGUAAAAGAAUUUUAAAAUCAGCAGCUAGAAUGUUUUUUUGAAACGACGAUUAUACCGACAACUUAUUUUUGGUCACUAAAAUAUAGUGACUAUAUAAUACGCAAAUAGCAUCUAGAAGAACGUGAGAUUGAACAGUACGUGUAAAUAUAAACGUGUGAGUAAUUCUGCAGUAUACAUGUAUAGAAUGAGCUGAAAUUCCAAUAUAUAUAUACACUGGAUACUGAGUGCUUGUGAUAACAUGUAUGAGCCUAAAUUCGGGAUGUACUGCACAUUUAGGCCAGUCCAAGUAGAUUAUAGUUUAUAUAAUACCUGCACGUAUUUAAUAUAAUAUAUAGUAUUUUAUAUAGCGAUACCUUUGUAUACUUCAAAUUACGAUUUAAAAAGUACUUUACACAUAAUUAUCACUAAGCUUAGGAUUAAAAUUGUGUACUAUUAUUGAUAUCGUUGUUAUACCUACUAUUAGCAAAGGAAUUGUUCUCAAAAGGCUGUGACAUUAAUUAUCUAUAAGCGUAUAGAAUGUUGUACAAAAUUCGUGUAAAAAUAGAUCACCCGUACUUAUAAUUUCAUAAGUUAUAUAAAA